AUGGCGAACGCAAAACCCCCUUACGACCCCCAAAUGAUGGAGACCCUGGUCUUCGCUGGGGCUCUACCUCCCAACGGCCCAAAGCCACCACCAACAAAGGAGAACCUUGCGGAGCACCGAAAAUUCUCGACGCUCUUCGAACCAAAAUACGAUGACUACCCAGACUUGUCCCGUGAAGAUAUCUCGAUCCCUGGCCCCGAUGGCAAUACCAUUGAGCUCACUAUUGUCCGGCCAAAGGCUCCGGCGAAAGAACCUCGGAAUAUCAUCUACUACAUCCAUGGCGGUGGCAUGAUCAUGGGAACAAGACACUUCCUGCUUUCCGAGGCAUUCCCAUGGAUCAAGGAGCUGGACGCUGUUCUCAUCUCCGUCGAAUACCGCCUUGCGCCCGAACAUCCACACCCGGCUCCCGUCGAAGACUGUCACACAGGUCUGAAAUGGAUCUGCGAGAACAGCUCGAAGCUAGGCAUCAACGCAGGCAGGAUCAUGAUUGCAGGCCAUUCUAGUGGAGGGGGGUUAGCAGCAGGCACAGCGCUGCUGGCACGUGAUCGCAAACUGCCUGUAGCGUUGUUCGCGCAGCUCCUGAUUUAUCCCAUGCUGGACGACCGGAAUACCACGGCUUCAAGCAGACAGUACUUUGGGGAAGGAACGUGGACGGGCAGGACCAACGCUGUGGCGUGGUCUUGGCUCUUGCCGAACGAUGAUGCGCUGGGCGUGCAGUACGCUGCUCCAAGCCGAGCGACUGAUUUGUCCAACUUGCCGACGACGUUCUUGGAUGUUGGAGGAGCAGAGGUGUUCAGAGACGAAGUCAUAGCUUAUGCUUCGAAACUCUUGGGACAAGGGACUCAAGCAGAGCUGCACGUUUGGCCUGGUGCUUACCAUGGCUUUGAUGUUUAUUCUCCUGCUUCGGAUUUGGCAAUAGCGGCAAAGGCGAGCAGACUCACUUGGAUGAAGAGAAUGUUCUACGGUCCGCCAGCAAACAAAGACUGA